GGGCGGAGUGGGAUUGGUGUCGCAUCGCACCGGCCGCCCUUUGUUGUGUGGCCGCCGCGGAGCCCGGGACCGGCGGCAGCGGCAGAAAUGUCCCAGGAGAAGCUGCUCGGCAUGGACGAGGGCGCCCUGCGCAAGCUGCUGGAGGCGACGGUGGACCUGGCUGAGCGGCGCCAGAUCCGCUCGGCCAUCAGGGAGCUGCAGCGGCAGGAGCUGGAGUGGGACGAGGAGGCACUGGCGUCCAAGCGGUUCCGAGUGGAGCGCGGCAGCCACCGGCAGGACGACAAAGAGAACUGGCCACGGUCCCGGCGCCUGGAGGAGGAGCAGCAGAUGGCCCUGGCCGCCCUGUCCCGGCAGCUUGAAGCCAUCACCGACGUGGAGGAGCUGACCAAGCUGCUGCGGGCAGCGGGCGAGUACGAGGAGCGCAAACUGAUCCGAGCUGCUAUCCGCAAGCUGCGGGCGGAAGAGAUCGAAGCCGCGGCACUGGCUGUGAACGCGCAGAGCAGGCACGGGGUCGGCAGCGAACGCCCCGCUGAGCCCGGGGAGGAGGAGAGCGCCCGCAGGGACGACGCCAGAGCACCAGCCCCGGCUGCCAGGGAGAAGAGCAGCCAGCGGGCCGAUACCGAGCUGCCAGCCCCGGCUGGCCACAGGGAGAGCCAUGGAGAGGGCACUGCCAAACCCCUGGCCGCAGGCAGCAGUGGAGAGCACGGCCAACAGGACGACACAGAGCCUGGCCGUGAGGAGAGCAGCUACGGGAGUGCUGCAGAGCUGCCCCCUGCCCAGGAGCACAAGGGCUCUGCGGCCCAUGAGCCAGAUGAGAUGGUGGAGCAGGAGCAUGGCCCAGCUGGGAUGCAGGAGUUACACAGACAGCCUACAGGAGACCUUCAGAAACCCAGUACCCAGGCUCAGUGUCAGGGUGUGCAGCCAAGUGGUGGGGCCGGCCGGCCGGCGUGGGGAGCUGCCUGUGGAAGUAGUGCUGGGCUGGCCCUGGUCUGCCAGGGCCUGGUGGAUGCAGAGGUGAUCCUGAUCUUUCAGCGUCCAUCCCAGACCCCAGUCUCUGUGGCAUGCCUUGGUACUGCAGUGCCAGCUGCCCAGGCUGCAAAAGCAGUCUACAAGUUUGGCACUACCCCCUGGGGGGUGUGGGGUGACAGGGUGGGGGGACCCUGGCGUGUGCUGUGCCAGAGGGGGGGUGGGGGAUGGCAACAGCAGCCUGUACCCGUGCUCACCCUGCCUCCCUUGUCCUCUUCCUUGCAUCUCUGCCCUGCCACCCGCCAAGUGUCAGUGCUCACCCCAGGGACCCCAGCUCGGCUCGGUACUCACCGCAGGGAGCAGGAGUCCUCCUCCAGCCGGCACCCUGCUGGCUGCACUGAGCCAAGCCCCUCCGCAGCCCCGACGCGGGCGGCCUCGGUGCGGGAGCGCGCCCAGCGCUUUACCCCGGCGGGCCCGGGGCCGGCACUCGGCGCCGCGACGGCAACGGCCGGCCCGGCGGGGGCGGGCGGCUCGGGGGGGCGGGCCGGGGCCGGCCAAUGGCAGCGGGAGCCCCGCACGGCCCCGCCGGGCCCCGCUCAAAACGCACGGGGCGGCAGCGGCAGAGGUGCAGAGCAGCGCCCGGCCCCGGUCUGUGCGGGUCCCCGUCCCGGUCCUAGCCCCGGCCCCGAUCUCGACGGCAUGAAGACCUACUUCACCAUCGAGAUCAAGGAUGGGCGCGUUCAGCCUCUCACACCCCGCGUCGUGGCCGCCCCCGGCCAGCGGGCAGAGGUGACCCUGGGGCUGCGGAACACCCCCAUCCGCAUCACCACAGUCCCCAGCGGUGCCCCCACUGUCUGCACCAUCAGCAGCAUCAGCACCAAUGUCACCAAGGCAGGGCUCGCCGCAGCCAUGCCGGGGGUCGGCAUGGAGGGUCUGGUGCAGGCCGGGGCGGCCGAGCUGGCCGAGCUGCGGCGGGAGCUGGGAGCUUUUCGGGGGGUGGUGGAAGGGCAGCUGGAGCAGGCGUUGCGGCUGGUGGAGCCCCUGGCACGGACGCUCCAGGCGCUGGAAGAGGAGCACCUGGAGCUGCGGGCAGAGCUGGCGUGCCUGGGCCGCCGCCUCGACCUGUUGGUGCCGCAGCUAGCGCCGCAGGAGUGCCCCGGGGAGGACCUCAGCACCCUCUUUCUGGAAGCACAGGACCCUUGCGCCCACUUUAAGGGCACGGAGGAGCCCGGCGGCCCCAUGGCCCACCCGCCCGCUUUCUCCAGCACUCGCCAGCAAUCGACCCUGCAGCUCUCCCGGAGCAACAGCGCCGUGAGCGCAGGCAGCCCUGCCCCGCGGCAGCCCCCGGAGGCGGGCGGGCAGGAGGGGAGCACUGCACCACAGGGCUCCCAGCGACCCCAAGGAUGUCAGGAGCCGAAACAAAGACCCUGGCACGAGAUGGAGCCAGAGGUGGUGGUGGAGCAGCACCAGGUGCCAAGGCUAGAGCCAGAGAUGCCCAAUGGCAUGGAGAAGGUCCAGGCAAGGGAGCUGGAGAGAAGGAACAAGCUGAACAUCGAGGAGCUGAACAGGAUUGAGGAUGAAGAUGUUCUGGAUAAGAUGCUGGAUCAGACGACGGAGUUUGAGGAGCGGCGCCUGAUCCGAAAUGCCAUGCGAGAGCUGCGCCAGCGCAAGCGAGACCAGCGGGAGAAGGAGCGGGACCAGCGGCUGCAGGAGAUGAGGAGCCAGGCUGUGGUGGGCAGGACCGGCACUGCCACCGAGACCACCACCACGCAGAGCUCCCAGUCUGCCGACGGCUCAGCACACAGCACCAUCACCAAGACCGAGCGCCUCGUGCAGUCCAGUGAUGGCACCAAGACCUCCCGUACCACAACCAUGGAGUCAAGCUAUGUGAAGAGAUCAGACACUGGCAACAGCACCUUUGUUCAAACCAAGUCGUCCUACAGUUCCUCUUCCAAGAAGACAGGCAGUAUCUUUGACCGUGAGGAUGAGAGUGCCUCCAGGCAGAGCAGCCUGGCUGCCCUGGAGCGCCGCCAGGCCGAGAAGAAGAAGGAGCUGAUGAAAGCUCAGAGCCUCCCCAAGACAUCAGCUUCCCAGGCUCGCAAGGCCAUGAUGGAGAAGCUGCAGAAAGAGGGUGGAAGCUCUCCCGGCCCUGCAGCGGCGCGCGGCGCGGUGCAGCGCUCCUCCAGCUGUGGCGUGCCCAAUGCCAACAGCAUCAAGCAGAUGUUGCUGGACUGGUGCAGAGCCAAGACCCGGGGCUACGAGCACGUGGACAUCCAGAACUUCUCGUCCAGCUGGAGCGAUGGCAUGGCCUUCUGUGCCCUGGUUCACAACUUCUUCCCUGACGCCUUCGACUACAGCCAGCUGUCACCCCAGAACCGCCGACACAACUUCGAGGUGGCCUUCUCCUCCGCAGAGAAGCACGCAGACUGUCCGCAGUUGCUGGACGUGGAGGACAUGGUCCGGAUGCGCGAGCCGGAUUGGAAGAUGCUGGCGGACUGCGUUCCCCUGGUGGAGGUAGAGGAUAUGAUGAUCAUGGGGAAGAAGCCGGAUGCCAAGUGUGUCUUCACCUACGUGCAGUCCCUCUACAACCACCUGCGGCGCCACGAGCUGCGCAUGAGGCAGAAGGAGUGCUAGGAGCCUGCACUGCUGCCCCCUGCCCUCGGGGCUGCUGGCAGCCAGGGGAGCUGCCUGCCCCAGGAAGGGCCGGGGGGCACAUGGGACUGGGAAUGAAAUGGGGUUCUGCCACCGGGGCAACUCCAUGCCUCUACCACCCUGGCUCUCCCUCUGCCCCAGCCAGCUGUAGGCAGGCACUGCUCAGGACGCUCCCCCAGCUUGGCUUUGCCUGCCCUGCUUCCCUCUGUUAAGUUAUUUGUUCUCCAGGAGUUCUCUGGCCCCAAGGGCAGAACCUGGGGGGAGGGAUUGGACACACCUGUGCCCUCAGGCCUGGGACUGGUAUGGCUUGGUGGUGAAGCAGGGUUGUUCAGCCCAGCCUGGGCCACAAGUGGUUGGCCCCCUGCAAGGAAGCCCUUCUGCCCACCUUGGUGCCACCUCCCUGGGGAGAGUUCCACAGCCCCCUACCGACACCCUGCUUCCUACCACACACGUGCACCCUGUAAGUGGGCUGUGGAGAUGGCAGGGAGACAGGGGGAAGUAGGGGGCACAAGGAAGGGCUGGGAUAGCAGCCCCUGCUCUCCUGCCAGCUCAGGGCACCCCGUGCUCCACACCACUCACCCCUCCAGCACUGUCCGUAUGCCUGCACUGCCACCUACCAACACCAGCCAGACAAUAAAGGUUUAUUCUACAGGGU